AUGUCAUUUCUAAGGCUGGGCCUAUGCGUCGGCGGAGUAUACGCUAUGUUUCUGAUAUGGGCCAUAGCUCAGGAGAGAUUGUCGGUGCCCUUCGAAUCCAUAGACGGCACCCCACCCGCGAAGUUCAAGUCCGCCCUCAUCAUGAGCACUUGCCAAAGUGCAUUCAGCGCCCUCGCCGCUCUCUUAUACAUCUCUCUCCGACGACAACCUGGCGUCUCCUUCUCGCAAGCGAUCGGCCUCGAGCCGCCCACACCUAAGCCCUUUACCGCGCAAACGAACGGGCAUGCAAAGUCCAACGGACACGCGAAAUCGAAUGGCGAUGCCUCCCUCUCUCCCUCGACCAUUACGUUCACCUGGACGCGCCCCCUUAUGCGCCGCUUCCUCCAGACCUCCGUCUUCAUCGUCGCCGCGGCCCCCUUCGGCUUCGCCUCCCUCCAGUACAUCUCCUACCCCGCCAUGGUCCUUGGAAAGUCCUGCAAGCUCGUCCCCGUCAUGCUCAUGAACGUCCUCCUCUACCGCCGCCGCUUCGCGCCCUACAAGUACCUCGUCGUCGGCAUGGUCACCCUCGGCAUCUCGCUCUUCAUGCACUUUGGCGGCGGCAGCGGGAAGAAGCACGGCGGUGGGGUCGCGGGGGAGCGACCGCCGCACGCGAACCUGAUCGGCCUAUCUUACCUGCUCAUCAACCUCGCGCUCGACGGGGCAGUAAACGCGUCGCAGGACGAGAUCUUCGCGCGGUUCAAGGGCCUGAACGGGCAGCAGAUGAUGCUGUGGAUGAACACGUUCGGCGCGGCGGUGAAUCUGCUGCUCGCGGUCCUGCCGCUCCCGUACAUCCCCGUCAUCCACCCCUCGGACGGCGGGCAGAGCGAGCUGGCGUCCGUGCUCGCGUUCGUGCGCACGCAUCCGGGGGUGCUGAGGCCGCUGGCGCAGUUCGCGCUCACGGGCGCGCUCGGCCAGCUGUUCAUCUUCGAGACGCUGCAGCACUUUGGCAGCUUGACGCUUGUGACCAUAACAUUGACGCGCAAGAUGUUCACCAUGCUGCUGUCCGUUUUCAUGUACGACCACAAAUUGACACCCGGCCAGUGGGCGGGUGCAGGCGUUGUCUUCGCUGGUAUCUCCGUGGAGGCCUACGUGAAGAGGAAAGAAGUACACGCAAAGCGCGUGAUCCAAGAAAAGGAGAAAGCAAGCAUCAAGCAGCUAUAG